AUGAACCAUCAAUGUGAGACGACACAAAGUGUUUGCCUUCAUGGUGCCAAGAUAUUGAACGAAGUGGCUCAUGCGAUUGCCAUCGAAAUUCAGCACAUUUUCCUUUCAUAUCCCAUAAGAUAUCAUUUAGUGAUAUGUUUUGUAGCUGGAAGGAUCUUAAAAGCAGAAUUCAUUGUACCGGUGGAAUAUCUUAACAGUUAA